AGCGAUUUUAAUCGAAUGAAUAAACCUGGAACAGCACCACACAAGAUCAGCCAUAUUCAAACAAUCGAUCCCACGACGAUCUCAGUUCGUUUUCAACAUGCGUGCGCUUCAGUACCUUCUGCUACUGCUCGUCAUCUCCGUCGGCUUGGCGGCAUCGGUGCCUCGCCAGCGUCGUCAGAUCGAUCUCACGGUUUCGGCGGAGCACGACGACAACGAUGAGGAGACGGAACUGGCUCUGGAGGCCAUCGCCGGGCUGUGGAGCAGUGCGGACAGUCGGACGAAGAUCGAUGGCUCUGCCAGCCUGGUGCAUCGCACACAUGGAACACAAUCGGAUUUAUUCACGAUGCUAAGAACUAAACGAAUUGUACGACAAAAUUGUUGAAUAAGACCAAAAAAAGGGAGCCAUGCAGUUCAGCAAUCCCAAUCGGGACUCCCAAAAAAGGUUAACAAUUAGUUAAAAAAGGUUUUUAGGGCGGGUAGGGGGUGGUGAUUGAAUGGUUUGUGUGUGUGUGUGUGCCCCUAGAAAAACGGGGCAAUCUUCUUACUGGCUAGGAUUCAAUAUUAUUCAUAUUUAAUAUUCAAUUACUAGGAGCUUAAAAGUUUGCAUUCAUUUAUCGGCUGCUAUAUUCUGGCUGGCAAAUUAAUUAAAAUAUGUAAUGCAGUGGGUAACAAAAAGGGAAACUACUAACAAUUAUGUUUAGAUCGGCUCUGUUUUGCUUUCAUCCGUUU